AUGGCUCAACUCAUUCAGACAUUCUGGUCUGAGAUCUUACAAUCGACCUCUCCUAUCAAGAUUGAGCUGAUUGGUACGCUGGGUCUCCAAUUUGGUGCUUUCUGGCUGCCAUCUCUCUUGCUACUGGGUGUCGACCAUAUCUGGCCCUCCUUCUCCUUGCGACACAAAAUCCAGUCCCGGCCGACUCCAUCUUCUGUUCAGAUCUGGCAUUGCGUUGAUGUGGUCGUUCUCAAUCAGUUAUUCAUGGCAGCAGCGAAGGUGUUCGAGCUUGGAGGUUUACAUCUUGUGGGCCACUCGUCUUUCUACCGUUUCGACCAUGCCAUUCCAAGUGUCUCCGAAGUUGCACGCGACUCCAUCGUCUGCGUCCUCCUUUGCGAAAUCAUAUUCUACUACUCUCAUCGACUCUUACACGUCAAAUUCUUCUACCAGCGCAUACACAACCAACACCAUCAAUUCAGAGCUCCAAUUGCUCUGGCUGCUCAAUACGCACAUCCAAUAGAAUACCUCGUGUCUACCAUUCUCCCAUUUUGGCUGCCCCCACAGAUUCUGGGUUGCCAUAUCUUGACGUGCUUCAUAUUCUGGACAGCGGCUACUCUUGAAACGGUGAUCGCGCACAGUGGGUACGAUUUCUUCACAGUCUUCGCCAAGAAACACGACCUGCACCACGAGAAGUCCAGAGUCAACUUUGGUACUUUGGGCUUCCUCGACUGGAUACAUGGCACUGGCGCAUGGCAACUCAACAUCAGAGUCAAGCAUGAGUAA